CUCCUUGAAGAGAUAACCAGCUCUCUCGACUCUCCGGGAUCCUGCCUCCGCACAGCCCUGGUCUCAAGCCUGGAAGACUAGACUUCGGCAGCCAGUGCAGAGGGAUCCACACCGAAGAGGCUUUUAUCUCAAGACAGGGCUUACAGGGGUACACACAGGAUCUUAUGAAGGUACACUAAGCACUAGCCGCUAUGCAGAACCACAUCACACAGAUCUCCCGAGAGCACCUGGAGGAUCUCAGAGAUGCCUUUAAUAAAAUAGAUAUUGAUAACAGCGGCUUUGUGAGUGACUUUGAGCUUCAGGAGCUGUUCAGAGAGGCAAGCUUCUCCCUGCCGGGGUACAAGGUGCGAGAGCUCAUUGAGACCUUCAUUGCCGGAGACACCAACAAGGACGGGAAGAUCAGCUUUGAGGAAUUUGUUUCUGUCUAUCAAGAGCUGAAGAGCAAGGAGUUAAGUGAGUCGUUCAGGAAAACCGUCUCUAGAAAGGAUGGGAUCCGCUCCUUUGGAGGAACUUCACGAAUCUCCAGCGAGGGAACGCAGCACUCCUAUGCUGAUGAGGAGAAAGUGGCAUUUGUGAACUGGAUAAACAAAGCUUUGGCAAAAGAUCCAGACUGCCAACAUCUACUGCCCAUGAACCCUGACGAUGGGAGCCUCUUUGCCUCUGUCCGUGAUGGCAUCCUGUUAUGCAAAAUGAUCAACCUGUCAACGCCUGACACCAUUGAUGAAAGAGUAAUCAACAUUAAGAAGCUCACUACCUUCAAGAUGACAGAGAAUCUGGUCCUGGCUUUAAACUCUGCCUCUGCAAUCGGCUGCACCGUGGUGAGCAUUGACGCCCUUGGUCUGAUGGCUGGAAAACCCCAUCUGGUCCUUGGACUCUUCUGGCAGAUUAUCAAAGCUGGUCUUUUUGCUGAUAUAGAAAUCAGCAGGAACGAAGGUCUGAUCAGCCUCCUGGCAGAUGGGGAACAGCUGGAACGUCUCAUGUCUCUUUCCCCCGAGGAGCUGUUGCUUCGCUGGGUCAACUAUCACCUGCGCAAUGCAGGAACAAAAACCAUCAAUAACUUCAGCGAAGAUAUUAAGGACUCCAGGGCCUACUUCUACCUGAUGGACCAGAUUGCAAAACAUGAAGAGCUUGAAAUGAAAAGGCGCGUCAAAAUUGAUAUGAGCGGCCUCAAUGUGCGUGAUUUGGACAAAAGGGCGGAGCUGAUGCUGCAGCAGGCGGCGCGGCUGGACUGCAGACAGUUUGUCUCCCCACAUGACGUCACAUCUGGAAACAGCAAACUCAACAUGGCUUUUGUAGCCAACCUGUACAACAUGCAUCCGGCUCUGCAGAAGGUUCAUAUGCACAACGGCCUGGAGAAUGCACACUUAGAGGCUGAGACCAAAGAAGAGAAAACAUUCAGGAACUGGAUGAACUCUCUGGGCGUUUCUCCAUACGUCAACUACCUGUACAGUGACCUGAUUGAUGGUUUGAUAAUCCUGCAGCUCUAUGAGAAGGUUAAUGUGCCUGUAAACUGGAAGAAAGUCAACAUGCCACCCUAUCCUUACCUGGGGGCCAAUAUGAAGAAGUUGGAGAACUGUAACUACGCUGUGAAUCUGGGGAGGGAUGUGGCUCACUUCUCUCUGGUCGGCAUCGGAGGACAAAACCUGAAUGAGGGGAGUCCGAUGCACACUCUGGCGCUGCUAUGGCAGCUGAUGAGGAGGUACACAGUGCGUGUCUUAUCAGAUCUGGGUGACGGAGAGAAGGUUAAAGAUGAGAUCAUCAUCAAUUGGGUCAACACCACCUUGGGCCAGAAACACAAGGACACACAGAUCAGCAGCUUCAAGGACCUUCGGAUCAGCACCAGUCUGCCAGUGAUUGACCUGAUCGACGUCAUCGCCCCCGGCAACGUCAGGUGGGACAUGGUGAACAGAGGAGAGCGAGGGAUGCUGAAGCCAGCCGAUAAACUCGAGAACGCCAAGUAUGCAAUCUCAUUGGCCCGUAAGAUUGGAGCUCGUGUCUACGCCCAGCCAGACGAUUUGGUGGAGGUGAAUCCCAAGAUGGUGCUGACGCUGUUCGCCGCUCUCAUGGGCCACGGUUUGAAAAAGGUCAACGCUAAACGCUAAAAACAAAGAUCAACAAACCAGCAGGAACCAACAACCAAUAAACAUCUUGUUUCCAAUCCCGGUUUCCCCUCCUCUUUUUCUCAACACUGUAUUUUCUUUUCUUUGACCUUAAACCUUGCUUUGAUCACAGAGCAGAGCAGGACAAUCCUUUGUUCACUCUAAUUUUCUUUUCUUUUUUUUCAUGAAAA